AUGCGCGACAGAAAUCCGGGACCGGGCAUGGUGUAUGACUGCACCGCGGGAGAAUGGCAAGAGCCGAUGGCGCUGGAGAGGGAACUGGCCAUGGGGUUCAUGGAGGACGCCACGGCUCAUCAGGAGGUGACGGAAGCAGCAAGGAGGAAGGCCUUGGGAAGGGCGAUGGAUCUGAAUGUCAUGCAUUGGUUGGCGCUCUCGGGGACCCGCGCGGCCCCCCCCCCCGUCGCCCGUCGAGGCGACCUCGGGGACCCGCGCGGCCUCCCCUCCCGUCGCCCGUCGAGGCGACCUUGGGGGCCCGCGCGGCCUCCCCACCAGUCGCCCGUCGUGGCGACCACGGGGGCCGCGCGCGGUCCCCUCCCGUCGCCCGUCGAGGCGACUUCGGGGGCCGUGCGCGGCGCCCUCCCCGUCGCCCGUCGUGGCGACUUCGGGGGCCGUGCGCGGCCCUCCCCGUCGCCCGUCGAGGCGACUUCGGGGGGCCCGCGCGGCGCCCUCCCCGUCGCCCGUCGAGGUGGCUCUGGGGGCCCGUCGAGGUGGCUCUGGGGGCCCGUCGCGGCGCCCUCCCUGGUGCCCGUCGCGGCGCCCCGGGGGGGGCCGCGCGGCUCCCUUCUCGUCGCCCCUCGGGGCGCCCUGGGGGCCCUGCGGUGGGAGCGGAAGCGGGAUAAAGCGGCAGCCAUACAACCGCCGACAGAGAGGUCAGCGGCAAAGGAGGCGCUGGCGCGGGCCAUGCUAGGGGAAAUGGAGGACAAUGAGGAAGUGCAGCAGGAGCGAGGGCAUCCGCUGGAGAGGAGAUGGGUGUAUCCCUGGGAGGAGGAGGAUGAGAGACCGGCGAGUACGCGGAGCAGACUGAGAUCUGGCUCUCAGGAGAGCGGGAGGAGGCGGCGGUGGACAAAAAGCGUGAGGAUUUCAGUUGGCUGGAGGAAGCCAUAG